AUGUGACAGCUAUAAGCAGAUUGUUAUUGUGCAGUUCGCACGUGUGUUUUAAAUUAUUUUAAAUUAAAAUACUAUACAAAUGCAACAAUAAUGGACGCCUACGAUAUUUUUAAGAAAUUAACAAAAGGUUUGACAUUUAAAAACAAAGUUUUGGGCGUUAAGAACAAUGGCCAAGUAACAAAAUCAUCAGUUAAAAAAGAAGAAAAGAUUGAGAUAAAAGAAGAACAAAUAAGUGACAAUGAAGAAGAACUUAAUAAUGGUGUAGAAAACUACUCCGGAACAGAGUCUGAAGACCAGAGCUCUGAUGAGGAGGCACAGGAUGACUUACAAUUAGUGGAGGGAGUCAAAGUGAGACAGGAGAAGAAAAAAAAGCAGAAGAAAGAAAAGACUGAAGAUUUGAAAAAGAAAUUAGAGUUAGAAGAGCAAAACCGUUUCCGCAAUGAACAUGGCAUCAAAACAGUGGGACGUCACGUGCCCGCAGCACUACAAGACUUCUCCGAGCUGGUGUCUCGGUACAAUGUGUCGCAGGCCCUGGUGGAUACUGUGAAGCAGUGCGGAUACAGUGAGCCUACUCCUGUACAGAGACAAGCCAUGGCAUGCAUGUUGGAAGACCGUCAAAUCCUUGCCUGCGCUCCAACAGGAUCAGGGAAAACAGCUGCUUUCCUGGUCCCCAUACUCCAUGCACUUGGAGCUCCGCAGGGCGGUCCUAGAGCCCUAGUGCUCUGCCCCACCAGGGAGCUGGCACAACAGAUCUACCGUGAAGCUCUAAGGCUUAGUGCCUCAAGUCAACUGAGGUGCAGUGUUGUCAGGAGUAUCAAGGAGUCGAAGGUCAAGGAACGAGAGGCUACUAUUAGGAAGAGUGAUAUAAUAGUGAGCACACCAAACCGUCUCUGUUACUUGCUAAACCAGGAUAAUGUCAACAUUUCACUAGACAAAAUCCGCUGGCUUGUAAUAGACGAGGCGGACAAAUUGUUCGAAGGUUCAGAGGACCAGUCGUCGGACUUCAGACAGCAGAUGGAGCAGAUCCUGGCGGCGUGCGGCAGCAAGCAGCGCCGGGUCGCCAUGUACAGCGCCACGCACACGCCGCGCCUCGCCCAGUGGACGCGACGACAUCUGAGGGGACUUAUUAAUAUUACUGUGGGACAUAGAAAUGCAGCAACUAACCUAGUGGACCAAGAGCUAUUAUUCUGUGGCAACGAGAGCGGGAAACUGGUGGCAUUCAGACAAUUAGUGCAACAGGGAUUGAAACCUCCUGUAUUAGUGUUCGUACAGAGCAAGGAUCGCGCGAAGCAGUUGUUCAAGGAGCUGAUAUACGACGGCAUCAACGUCGAUGUUAUACAUGCUGACAGGACGCAGUUACAGCGAGACAACGUAGUGCGCAGUUUCCGUGUGGGUCGUAUCUGGGUGCUGAUCUGUACAGAGCUGAUGGGACGUGGUAUCGACUUCCGGGGAGUGAACCUCGUCAUCAACUACGACUUCCCACCUUCUGCCAUCGCUUAUAUUCAUAGGAUCGGUCGAGCAGGUCGUGCAGGUCAGAGAGGACGGGCCAUCACAUUCUUCACUCAGGACGAUGUCGCCAACCUUAGGAGCAUAGCGUCAGUAAUGCAGCAGUCAGGCUGUGCCGUCCCGGAGUACAUGCUGCAGCUGCGCCAGGAUCCCAACAAGCGCAAGAAGUUGCUGACGAAGGCACCGCGCAGGGACAACAUCUCUACUCGGCUGGAGAAACGACCUGACAAACGCAGACUAGAAGCUGCAGAUGAAGUAAUGAAAGCAGAUAAGGCAAAGUCAGUAGACUCGAUAAAAAAUGCUAAAAACAAUAAAAAUAGAAGAACACAGAAUUUAGAACAGAACAAACAGAAACACGACAACACCACAGACAAUAAGAAUAAUAAGAAGAGAAAAAAGAAGAACUUAGCUAAUAAGAAAAAUAAUAAAAAAAAUGUUUAA